AUGUUGUUUCCAAAAACGUUAAAUGUUGCCGACAAGUCUUCUUUGUUAGUACCUCAAACCACAAAGGCUUCAGCAACUGGACCAACAACUGCUGUUUCAUACGAAACUGCCAGUCUGGAAAUACGAUCUAUAAGAGGAUCACCAUAUCUCCCUUCCUCACCCGUUGACUCACAACAAUUUGAUGGUCGUAGCAUAAUAUCUGCAUCUGGAAUGUCAGAAUACAUUGCAGACUUAAACGACCUACCAGGUAUUCGUCAUGGUAUCAACCCCACUUCCAUCAAAACUGGUAGUACUGGGUCUAGAUCGUUUAAAUUUCUGAAUUGUUUCCAAACAGUAGACGACAACGAACUAUCCAACAAGGAUUUUUUUACAAAAUACAUCAGUAUUCUGAAAAAUGACGAUAAAGUUCAAUUCAACCACAAAUUGAAACAUUUUUUUAUAUUCUCUAGUGCUGGAAAACCUAUAUAUUCAAUGAAUGGGGCCGAUGAUAUUGUAAUAGGCUAUAUGGGGAUUCUCACGACAAUAGUUUCUAGUUUCCAAGAAAAUUUUGAUCAAGAAUUACAAUUGCUUGAACUUGAUCAAGGUGUAAAGAUUGUUGCCGUCAAUAAAAGUCCAAUAAUUUUAAUCUCAAUAUCAAAACUUAUGUUAGAGACCGUUGAAAGUGUGCAUUUACAGUUAGACACGUUGUAUUGCUAUUUGAUAGGGAUACUAUCAAAGUCUGUAAUUGAUAAACACUUUCAUAAUCGAUUAAAUUAUGAUCUUAGAAGAAUACUAAGUCCGUUGGAUUUUGAAAACUUGGAUGAAUUGUGUCUUAGUUUAGCUUAUGGGAUACCAAACACCGGUGAUGGAAACAAAAAUUCCACUUUUGGAUUAUAUAUAUGUCAAGUAUUAUUAACAUCAUCAAGAGAAAGUGUUAAAAUUAGACACACAUUGCGAUCCAAGUUAAAUAGUAUCGUCAACACUAACAAUGCGGAUGUGCUAUUUACAUUGUUACUUUCUGGUAAUGGCAAGAUAUUAAAUUAUUUACACCCUAAACAACAUAGCUUGCCAAAUAAAGAUCUAAACAUGCUAUUAUUUAUAAUACAUUCGUUGCUAAAAAGUCAAAGUCAACAAGAUGAAGAUUUGUGGUUGCCCUUGUGUAUGCCGAACUUUAAUGAUCAUGGGUUUCUUUAUGUGUUUGUUCGACAAUGCCAAGAUUUGGUUUUGAUGUUAAUUAGUGGCAGCAAAAACUCUUUUGAUACGUUGAAAUUAUCAGCCAAUGAAAUCUGUGCCAAAUUGAACAGCAAACAGGAGCUAACUAUCCAGUUGAUUAAUGAAUUGAGCAUACCAUUAAAUGUUGAGGUACCCUUUGUGUUUAAGCAUUUUAUUUAUAAGGAUAUUAGAUUGAAUCAGUUUGUGAUGAGCGAAUUACCUACACAUGAAUUUUCAAGUUUUCAAUUUUUAAAGUGUUACAACGAGUUAAAGGUCAAUCAAGCAAAAAUUAUUAAAUACGAUAAUAAUUUGAAUUAUAAAAAGUUGACAUAUUUGCAGGAUAGAGAUAUAACUGGAUUUAUGCUUAUGGACAAAUACUACGAGUUCUACUGCAUUAUUGAAAGGACAAGUGAACAGGAACCAAUUACAUCUAAGAAAUUAAUACAGAUUAGUUCUCAAAUUAUAAGAUGGUGUAAAAAGAACCAUGCUCGACUAUUUGUUACUAUAUAA